GCAUCUUGCUCAGGUUGAUAGUGAUAGAGUUGGAUACAGUUGUUGUUUGAGUUACAGACUGUCAUCAGCUUCUUAAGUACUGUUGUUGUUUCAGUGGCAGACUGGCAUCCGGUUUUAAGGGUCGGUCAUUGACUCAUUGAGUGACAGACAUAGUUCCGAGUGGCAGACUGCCAGGUUGGUCUACUGUCAUCAUUUGAGUGACAGGCUGACAUGAGGUUUUCAGGUGACCAUUUGAGUGUGAGACUGGCAGGUACUGCCAGGUACUGUCGUAUUUUGUGAGCUGCUGCUUUGUAGGUGCCUUGUCUGUGCAAGUGCUUCAUAGUCAGUUGUUCAGUAGCAGUGGUAGGCCUAUUCCUCUCCUGCGAUGGUUAGCUGCCUCUCCCGGCCAGGGCAAGUGGUAAGCAUGGUCGUCUCAGGAACCUAACACUUGGCUGUAGAUCUCUGCCCCUGCAGAUUCAGGUCCACAGCCUCCUUGAAAAUGUGUGUCAUGGUCUAGCACAUAAAACUCCAGUAUCAAGGAUCACUCGAAGUUUCAGGAUUGUUUAAUACAGUCUUUCAAGUAACACUAUAUCGGGGCGAAUACCACUUUUCAUUCCAAAUCUUAAGGAAAAACACAUUUUUCGGCGAUGUUUGGAUAGCAAAUGUUGAAGAGGAGUUGAUUUUCAUAAAUCCUUGUUCCAGAUUUCUUAUAAAGUGGCAAAUUUCCUGCAGGGGAUCAUGCCAGUUGGAAUUUUUCUCAUUGUCAUCAUUCAUAUUUUCACUGGUGACGAUAGUACGCACACCCAGCAGGUGUACUAGUAUCGAUCACACUCCAAACUCGUUGCCGAAGUUAGUCAUAUGCCCAGAUUUAUGAACUGACAACUUGUUGAAGUGCAUCGGAUCUCAUCACAACCGAAACACAAAUUGUCACUCCCCAUCUGGUUCACAACUUUUGCACUGUCAUAACGUGGCAGUUUUGGUGACAUCAUGUUAAUGAUCACGCCCACACCUUGUUUAUAGAUUUCCAAAUUCAGGAAUUCCUCGGGAGGGCGGAGAAAGAAAUUACAACCACUCCCAUUCUACUACACUCUCCCAGAUUAAACAACAGUGGUAGAUAGACCUUCUGAAUCAUCUUGAAGAAUUUUACACGAAGUUAACAUGUUUAUGCCCUUUUCGAGAGCAAAAUUCCAACCCAGCAACGUUUUUCUCAAAAAUUGUUUUCCUUAAUUGAAAAGAAAUAAAAAUGUUUACCGGUGCUAUAGCAAAAGACUUAGCGACAAUCUCUCUUCAAAUGCUUUGCUCUAAAAAUCUAGUCAUCUUCCAAACCAUGAGAUGGCGCUGCACUUGGACAGUGUCAGCUGAUCAGUUGUUGCCAAAUUAUUUUGACCAACUCGUUGAACAAGUUGAGUGUGGGUAGUAGCACCCUGUCAGACAUGUCAAGUACCAAUACUAUAUAUGAAACAGUCGUUUCAAAAUCGAUCUUUUGUUUGUUGAUAGCUUUGCAAUUGUAGCAUACUCCAGGUUUUCACUUCGGGCGUUAGUCUGCGUACCUACUUUUGCAAAGGGAGGGAUAUUCGCAGAAUCUUGUCCAAGGCAUGAUGUGACCUCGUUCGCGCAAAUUUCGGAGUUGUAUUGUACAUGUCUUCAGGUGCUGGUUUGGGUCCAGUUGAAGUUUUGAGCAGUGCCCGUUUCAGUGCAGUUGAAUUUUUGAGCAGUGAGGGAAGUUCUGGAAAUGCAGUCCACUUGAGGAAAUCUUCACCCACAGGUUGCCGUUUGACUAUUCAGGUACCAUUUCAUACCUGUCUCCUCCUGACACUCUGCCUCUAGCCUCGUUAGGUUUUGCACGUUCAGGCUUAGCAGUAGAUACAUGUACCUAUUCCGUCUCCCACUGGGAGAAUCAUUGUGACCAUAUCACCUCUGUCACGUUGCCAAACCUUUGCCUGAUCCCUCGAGAGUAUCUCCCGCACUGAUCUGAAUAAUGUGCGAGAGGAAGGCGAGAGGCUACACGAUGCUCAGGUCGAUUUCAUUAUUUGCCAGAAAAGCUAACACUAUGCCACGGGAGUUACGUCGGAGUGAAUCGGCUCCUGUACCUUCGAGGAAGACCAGUCUAAAACGCUUGAGUUGGGGGUUCGGCCAUUACAGUCACGAUCAGCAGGGUCUGACCGGCUUCGAUGAACUACGACGGUAUAUCAAGCAGGGAAAUGAAUUCUGUAAAGAGGUCGCGCUCCUCAUGCAGGAGAGGGCGGAUGUUGAGGCCACGUAUGCCAAAAGUCUCACGAAGAUUAGUAAUAAGUUACAGAAGCAGGCUAGCAACUGUCUUGGCUCCCUGGCCGUGGCCUGGUUAGGCGUCGCUACCAGCGUGGAAGCAGAGGCCGACCUCCACAGGAACCUGUCGUCAGCGUUAGUGGAAGACUUGCACAAACCGGUGAAACAGCUCAGUGAAUAUAUACACAAAACAAGAAAACCUAUUGAAGCAACAGUGGACAAGUCCAUGAAAAACUUGAUGGAUAAACGAAAUGAAGAAAUGAGGUCCAAGAAAAGUGCCUUUGGUUGUGCGAGAGACACAGAAAAAGUAAUCGACCAAACACGAGAUGUCAAAGCGGGGAAGGGGAAAUUUACAGAUAAAGACCUAGCAAGGAUGGAGAAAAAGGGAAAACACUCGGAGGACAACUUGCGUAAAGCAGACAAGGAUUAUCAUGAUAGUUGUCAAAAAGCCGAGGGGGCACGGCAGGAGUGGGAAUCAGCUGUAUAUAAGGGAACCAACCAAUUACAGUCAUUAGAAGAAGAACGAAUUAGUCAGCUCCAAGACGCGCUCAAUAAAUAUAACAACCAUAUAUCUGUGAUGGGACCAAAAUUAAUCAAAGUCUGUGACAACAUGGGCGAGUCCGUGAAGACUGUUGAUAUACAAGCAGAUCUGGCUUCCGUUGUUGAUGAGAAGGGUUCGGGACAGAAUCAACCGGAGCAGAUAUUGAUAGAGUGCUACGCUGAGGAUCUUGGCAGUCCCAUGGACAAAGAGAGACGCAUAUACGCGCUGCGGACAUACUUAUAUUACUUAGAAGCCGAUAUUGAACGGGAGCAAAAAGGACGGGAAGGUGUCGAAAAAUUAUUAGACGUUUAUCGGAAUAAGCCAAAUUAUGGUGACACGGAAACACAGGACGAUGUAAAAAAUAAAUUAGCCGGGCUGAAUGCCACAAUGAACUUCCUGGAAGCGGGUAAAUAUAAGAUCACAUCUGCGAUGGCGGCCGCGAAUGGUGAACCAAAACCUGAGUACACAUUCGCCCAAUAUAUCGAGCGAACGAAAGACAAACAAGGUCUUCCACAAAGUAUACUCCGAGUGCCUCCAGCCUUACGUGGCGAGACUCCAGGCUUUAGAUCUACAUACAACGUCCCUGGUAGUCGGCCUCCCGCCGUCGGGCGACAGGUAGACUCAAUGUAUGACGAAGAUGAAUUUGAUAAUUACGAUGGUGAUGAUUUUGGUGCUGACGGGGCCGACGGACAUGCCGCGAUUGGGGAAUGUCAGGCGUUGUAUGAUUACCAGGGGACGCAACCUGAUGAACUCACGAUUCACGCGGGGGAUAUAAUUCGCCUAGAGCACAAAGAGGGAGAUGGCUGGUGGCACGGCGAACUCAAUGGACAGCGAGGAAUCUUCCCCGCGACAUACGUGAAGGAACUAUAGUGCUGGGCGCACUUAUAUUUCCCAAUCCGAGCAUUAAUUUGGAUGUAAUGAGAGAUUUCAUUGCUGCUGGUGUCAAGACUGCUAGCGGUCCAUUGUUCCUGGUGUAAGGACUGUGCUAGUGGUUCAUUGCCCCUGGUGUCUGGACUGCUAGUGGUUCAUUGCCCCUGGUGUCAAGACUGCUAGUGGUCCAUUGCCCCUGGUGUAAGGACUGUGCUAGUGGUUCAUUGCCCCUGGUGUCUGGACUGCUAGUGGUUCAUUGCCCCUGGUGUCAAGACUGCUAGUGGUCCAUUGCCCC